AUGACUCGCGCCGAAACGCCGCCCAUCCUACUCCAGCUACAAAAUGCGGAUUCCUUGUCGUCACAAGCUGCUGCUCUGAGGAGCCUCAAGAACGAGACCAUUGGCCACGACCAGCGGAAGGAGGCCUGGGUACGGUUGGGGCUCAUUCCUAUACUUGGCAACGUUCUUGCGUCUCGGGGCCUCGGCAGGAGUGAGCUCAAGGCGGGUUCCCAACAGCUUGAGUUGCCUGGCUCUAAAGAGGAGAGAGAUGAUGCUUGUCUACAGGCAAUCAUCCUGGUUGGGAGCUUGGCGCAAGGUAUUUGGUCAUUUGGAUAUUUUCACACCUCCUCUAACGUUACACCAGGAGGCGCACCUUUCUUGUCCCCGAUCCUUUCGAGCAACAUACUUCUGACACUCCUGUCCAUUUUGUCGUCGUCCAACUGCCCUCCAUCGUUCGUCCUUCCGAUUCUUCGUGUCUUGAACAGUGUGGCCGAUCGGCUACCGCUGCAGAACCAGCAACAAUGGCCGAAAGAUACUCGCUUGGCGGACCAUCUUUUCUCAACCGAGCAUAUUGGCAGCUUAGCCCGCAUUCUUGGACAAGACUACGGCACCCAGAGCCGACUGGCGUCGAUUGAACUGGCGGCGGGUCUCAUUGGGAAGCUGUGUACGGAGGAAACUCACAAGGCGGUUCUGGCGGACUGCGGGAUAUUGGACGCUCUGGCGGUUAAGGUCGCAUCAUUUAUCGUUGCCCAGGGCUUCGUUUUUCCCGGUGCCGAGGAUCACGUAGGAGACGCAGGUGCUCUGGGAUCGCUACCCUCUCCUGCUCCCUCCGGGGCUAAGCUUGCGCCUAUUUUACGUGCCGUCACGGUCAUUAUUGAGCAUUCUAAGUGGCGCGCAGAGCACUUUCUAUCGUCCCCAGGAAUAGUUACUGUAUUUCCCCGGCAGAUACCAGGAUUUUCGCCGUCGGAUAUCAAGAAAGGCCCUUGGGGCUCGUCUUACUUUUCAGGGUCCGCGGUGCCACGGCACCCUGGAGGCACCCCGCUAGAGUACCUUCUCCCAACGAUUCCUUUGUCACAGCUUAAGCCUUCUGCCAGCACCACCAACUUUCCACCCCUAGGUGGAUAUGGGCAUCAUCGCCGACAGAGUCACUCGUUUCCAACGCCGCUCUCCAGCUUCGAACCGCCGACGGCCGAGGACGAUGAAAAUCCGGUUGUUCCGUGGCUGUUAUAUCUUGUUCGUGCUGAGAACGGCAUGGCUCGGCUUAUGGCAGCCCGGUUCGUCACUGUGCUAUGCCGCCUAGGUCUGACCAAAAAGCACAGGGUCCAAAUGCUUUGCUAUCUGCUGAUUCCAAUUCUGCUUCGUAUGCUUGAUAAGGACUACGACGCUUCUGACGAUGGUGUCCAAUAUGGCGGGCUUAUUUCAUGCUCGAAGCGUAUCAAAGAGGAGGCUCCGGGCGUGCUAGCUACCCUAGUCGUUGAUGAUCGAGAAUUGCAAAGGCACGCGGUGGAAGGAGAGGCAAUCAAACGACUAUCCCAACUUCUCAAAGAAACGUAUAACCCCGUUCAAGAGCCCUCGCGAACGAUGUGGCAUGCCGAAGGCCAACCACUUGUCGAAAAUGCGGACUCGCAGCCUGCAGCGUGCCGACUAGGACCGCCUGGAUACUCCCCGCUCCGUUACCAUAUCAUGAGAUAUCGAGAAAACAUUCUAAAAGCGCUUGCUGCAUUGGUGCCUUUCAAGGAUGAAUAUCGCAAGGCGGUCUGCGAGAACGGCGUCGUACCGUAUAUCAUCGAUUCGCUCAAACCAUUCCCAGACAAUAUACCAGCAGAGCCUUCCAAUUCAGGGAACCCAGCUGCUGACGGCAAUCCAACACCUACCCUUCUAGCCGCCUGCGGUGCAGCUCGAAUGCUCACGCGCUCAGUAAGCGCUUUACGGACAAGCCUUAUUGAUGCCGGCGUUUCAACCCCGCUUUUUGUUCUAAUUCGACAUCCGGACAUUGAGGUGCAAAUUGCGGCGACCUCUGUUAUCUGUAACCUUGCUCUCGACUUUAGUCCUAUGAAAGAGGCAAUCAUAUCCGCCGAGAUUCUCCCCAUCUUAUGCGAACAUGCACACUCGCCAAGUACUAAACUUCGGAUCGAGUCACUAUGGGCCUUAAAACACGUUGCUUACAACUCAACGAACGACGUCAAAAUCAAGAUCAUCGAGGGCUUACGGCCAGAUUGGAUCAAGCAUGUUAUUACUCAGGAUCCAACAAGUGUUCUGGCUAAGCGUGGGCUGGAGGAGGAUACGGACAGCAGCACUCCAGGCGGUAUGAGUCGAGCCAAUUCGGCUGGAGAACGUGUAGACUUGUUGAACCCAAUGGAUGACUUCCGAGAGAGAGACGAGGACAUGAGGAUGACCGACUCCAUGCCGUCGUCGAAAUUCAGUCUAGAUAUGUUUCUUCCAGACGCCAAUCGACGGCGUAAACUUGCUCUACACGGUGACCUCGACCAGACCACGCAAGCUCGUCAGGAUGAUAUUGCGGCGCAGGAGCAAACCUUUGACCUCCUGCGCAAUGUUAUAUGCGGGUCUGGUGCGUCAGAAAUGAUCGAGUACCUUUUCCAGCAGCUCGGUCAGGACUUGCUGUUGGAUACUCUGGCCGACAAACUGCGUCCUCGUUCCGUCCAGCUGCCACAUCGGCGAGAAUCUCCAAACCACCGCGCCCUCCAGGUUCCAACCGAAAUUUUGGUCGCGGUAACGUUUGUUAUCAUCCACCUUGCAGCAAGUCUUCCACAAUAUCGCCAGCUUAUAGUGUCGCACCGCGACCUCGUCCGUUUCUUGAUGAGCUACUUCAAUCAUGGCCACCGGGACGUGAGAGCGAACUGCGUGUGGGUGGUGAUCAACCUCACAUAUGAGGACGAUAUACACGACCGCGAGGGUUGCCGGAAACGCGCCCUCGAGCUUCGUUCGAUCGGAGUGCUAGAUCGACUUACUACCCUUGAACAUGACCCGGACCUUGACGUCCGAGAACGAACAAAAACAGCACUGCACUUGGUAAACUCGUUGACUCACUCUUAG